UUGGCAUGGCUCUAUUGCUAGCCUCGUUGGCCUGCCGCGCAGAACAAGCAAGCAGUGUUCGUUCGUUUUGUGCUUGUGUUGCGGAAAGGGAGAGUGCAGCCAACCACAUGCAAAGCCAAUCAAUAACCUUGACAUCGUUAUAGCUUGAUCUGACCACGAGUCGAGUCAUUCCUGGCCCCGUCAAAGAUAACCCGAGAAUACGCACCACACAUCGAUUCUUAUUCCUACGCACGAGACAAGGAUUCAAUACAGCUGAAGGGUGGUUACCAAGCGACCAUGGAUCUCGCAUACGACCAGAUCGCUGCCGAUGCCCUGCCCAAGGACAACGAACCGGGAUCCCAGAGCAAUAAGCCCGAGCAGCAGGCAUCCAUCAACGAGGAACUCCAAGAGGCAUACAAGGCCAUCUCGACGAGCGCCUGGGGCUCCAGGCUGGGCGGCUUCUUCGGAACUGUCGUCAAGCAGGGAGAGUCGGUGUACAGGGAAGCGUCCCAGGAGCUCACUUCUCUGGGCGCCGACGCCGCCCGUGCAGGCACAUCUCUGAUCAGUCGAACACGGGGGCUUUCUCUCGCGACCCCUGCACCAGCGACGACAGCCGGUGCGGAUAAGGAGAAGGACACGGCUUCCACACCGACCACAUCGAAAGAAAUUACCUCUGAUGAGGCCCUCAAGGAAUCGGAGACGGUCAUCUCUCGCCUUCGCGCAGAAGCCGCCAAGCGACUCAAGGACAUUCAAAAGGCAGAGGAUGCUGCGGACGAGGCCUUGCUCAAGUUUGGCGCCAACGUGCGAGAUUUCCUCAAGGAAGCCGUCAAGAUUGCGCCCCCUACGGCUGGGGAGGAUCAACAAGGAGGCACCGUAUUGUUUGAGAGCAAGGACGCGAGCGGCAAGAGGGUCAUUCACACAAGCAGAUAUGAUGCUCAGCUGCAUGUCAUUCACACUUCCACGGACAACUUUUCUAAGGAUCCCGCGAGCAAAGAAUUCGACGCCUGGGCGAAAGACUUCAAUGUUGAUGGCAAGACAGACGAUAUCAGUGCUGAUUUGGGCAAGUACCCUGAGCUAAGGACCACAAUGGAGAAGCUUGUACCAGAUACAGUGCCCUACGCCGAGUUCUGGGAGCGAUACUAUUUCCUGAGACACAGUGUUGAGGCUGCCGAAGAAAGACGUAGGGAGUUAUUGAAGGCGGCCGAAGCUGAGGAAGAGGUUGGCUGGGACGAGGACUCUGAGGAUGAGGCUGCUGCCCCGGCCUCCAAGCCCGCGAGACCAGUAUCAGUGGAGUCAUCUACCACGAUUCACCAGCCCAAGGCUGCCGACAACGCUACACUAAAGCCCUCUGAGCCUCGCAAAUCCCACGACGAGAAGUCGCAAGCAGAUAGCGACACUAGUUACGAUGUUGUUGGCGCUGCUUCCGGUGUACCCAGCCAGGCUCCUAGCAGUCCCAAGGAGGCUCGCAAGGUCGACGAUAGCGACGAGGAGGAGGACUGGGAGUAGGCUAGGCUAGGCGUAUCGUAUCGUUGUGCAGUGGUGAGUUGGUGGAUUCCAUUUCGGAGUUUCGACAGGCGUUGAGGCUUGGGCAACCGGAUGAUUGUGAAAUAAUGUUGUUUACC